AAGUUCGAUCUGUGGAUUAUUACUUUUCUGUGCCUGGGUGGUGUGGCGCUCUUCUUGCCGAGGAUCGAUGCCGGGGUGACAGAGGAGCAGAUGCGCUCCGCCGGAAAGCUGAUGCGCGACGUCUGCCUGCCCAAGUUCCCCAAAAUCACUCAGGAGGUGGCCGAUGGCAUUCAAAAUGGCAACAUACCCAACAGCAAGGACACCAAUUGCUACAUAAACUGUAUCCUCGAGAUGAUGCAGGCGAUCAAGAAGGGCAAGUUCCAACUGGAACAGACCCUGAAGCAAAUGGACAUAAUGCUGCCCGACAACUACAAGGACGAGUACAAGAAGGGCAUCCAGCUCUGCAAGGACGCCACUGUGGGCCUGAAGAACGCCCCCAACUGCGAUCCCGCCCACGCCCUGCUCACUUGCCUGAAGAACAACAUCAGUGUGUUUCUGUUCCCCUAAGGCCAAGGAGCA